AUGGAGGCGCCCAAACCGAAAGACGAGACUGUAAAGAAGCAGAGGAGGGCUAGCAAACCUAAAGUCAAGACAGGGUGUAAUAAUUGCAAAAACCGUAGAGUGAAGUGCGACGAGACUAGACCACAAUGUCUGAAGUGUGUACGGUCAGGAAGACAGUGCGAGGGGUAUCCGGCAUACAAGAGAACGUUAGAGUCGGCCAUCCCAAUUGCUCCGCGACCCGAGAAUCCUUCAGGAUCUUCAAUUUCCUCCGCCUCAGGAUCUUCUGCAUCAUCUGGAUCGCCGCCAGCCGCGAGACACCCAGUUCGAAAACAUCGCGUCAUUCAAGUGCCUCGAGCUCGAGUUAAAAAGCGGCAGGUUGUGAUACCUGAUAACCCGGUUGUGAAAUAUAUAUCCCCAAGACAAACGCCCGAAUUACCAUCUCCGACGCUAUACAGGCCUGGAGGUUUUGCAUUCGAUUCGCAGGAGGGGCAAUAUUUCCAGGUUUUCAGGACGCAUACUGCGAGUGAACUGUCUGGGUUCUUCGAUUCCGAAUUCUGGCAAAGAAGUGUUCUUCAGGAAAGCCAUUCCGAAGCAUCGAUACGACAUGCUGUGGUUGCACUCGGAGCUUUAUACAAAACCUUAGAGAAGGCGUCGGAAUCACCACCUGGUUCUCCGGAUAAUGGAAAUUUUGAUACGGCGCCUAAGCAUUACAAUUUCGCAUUGCAGCAGUACGGAAAGGCUUUGACGAGAUUACGAGAAUCUUUAGAGAAUAGAGAGACGAGAUCAGAGAGGACGAUACUUAUAUCCAUUGUUCUGUUUACAUGUUUCCAGUCCUUUACUGGAGAUCACAAGGCGGCCAUAUCACAGAUCCAGCAUGGCUUAGGACUCCUCGAGGAACGGCGACACGAUUCGAAGCAGCCACUGAUACGGAGGAAAGACGAUGUCGUAGAAGACGAAUUGGUUCAGAUGUUUACACGCCUUGCGAUCCAGGCAAAAUCUUACGAUAUGGCAUUCCACUUUCCACAUCCCUAUGUGAUCCGUCUUACUCCACAAACACGGCAAGAUCCUACAUCGCCACAAUCCCAGUCAUCCCCUUCAGAUACCUCCAGUACAUCAAUCGAUCCAAAUAUCCCAGAGAUGUUUCUCAGCUCGCAGGAGGCAAGAACAGCUUUGGACUCCAUCUGCGAACGUAUUAUGCGGUUCCAGGAGUUACUCUCCUCGUACCACCAUGGGCCGAACAACAUUCUUCCCAAAUCUGUGCAGUCUCUAGGUAUGGGAUUUGGUAUGCAACUCAAGCAGUGGGGAUCUGCGUUUGCACCGCUGUUGGAAUCUCGUCGAAACCGUGCAGUAACCAUCACAGAAAGAGCUGGUAUCGACGUUUUGAAGAUGUUGCACCUGAUGACCGGCAUUCUCUACCAGAUGGGCUUCAGCACAAGCGAAAAGGAUUUCGACAAAUUCUACCCACUGUUCAAAGAGAUCGUGGAACUUGCAAAGGAAGUUGUCGUGGACGAAGAACUUAGUCUUGCACAAAAGCGAUGUGGCAGCAUCACCUCCUGCCGCCACAGACAAAAUCCAGGUUACGACUUCCCUGGCUUAGCAGCCCAUCAGCCUGGGACAUACAGAGAAGAAGAGGAUUAUUCACACAUCAAAGCCUCGUUCGCUCUCGAUCUUGGCAUCGUCCCACCCCUCUUCGUCGUAGCAACUAAAUGCCGCGAUCGCAAACUCCGACGUGAAGCUAUCCGUUUGCUGAUGUCUAGUCCGAGACGAGAAGGUAUGUGGGAUUCUAUCCUCAGCGGAAGAGUUGGAAGCUGGAUCAUGCAUAUUGAAGAGGCGGGCUUGACACCCUGGGAUGGCAGGGGUGCUGGGAUGGGAGAGGUGGUACCGGAUGAGAGGAGAGUCAUGGUUAAGGAGAUUCUAUUCGAUAUGCAGAGUCGUGAGGCUACGCUUCGAUGUGGGACAAGAGGUGCGAGGGACAGUGAUUGGGAUGAUAGGGCGAGGGAGACGCAUAUUUCGUGGUGA